AUGGAAGAGGAGGAUUACUUGACCGCAGACAACUGGAGCAGCAGGAGGCACAAUGCCGGUCAACGCGCUCCGCUCCUGACCAACAUCGAGGCUCCUUCCGUCACCGUCGCAGAGUCCGACUUCAACCCCGAUGACCUGCUGGAGAGUGCGCGCCCAAAAAGCUCCAUGUCUAGCGCUUUCAUGAACAUGGCCAACAGUAUCAUUGGUGCCGGAAUCAUCGGUCAACCGUAUGCUCUCCGCCAAGCCGGUCUGCUUACUGGUGUCGUCCUGCUAAUCGUCCUGACCAUCACUGUUGAUUGGACCAUUCGUCUGAUUGUCACAAACUCAAAGCUUAGCGGCACAAACUCCUUCCAGGCAACAGUCGAGCAUUGCUAUGGCAAAUCCGGUCUUGUUGCCAUUUCCAUCGCUCAAUGGGCCUUUGCCUUUGGUGGCAUGAUUGCCUUUUGUAUCAUUGUAGGAGACACAAUACCUCACGUCAUGUCGGCUCUCUUUCCUUCUCUGGAAGACAGCCACUUCCUCUGGCUUCUCACCGAUAGGAAAUUCGUAAUAGUCGUCUUCAUCAUGGGUAUAUCAUAUCCCUUCUCUUUGUACAGAGACAUUUCGAAGCUCGCCAAAGCCAGUUCGCUAGCUCUGUUCAGUAUGCUCAUAAUCGUCAUUACCGUCAUCACGCAAGGUCCAAGUGUUCCUGCUGAGAUGAAGGGCCCGAUCAAGGGAUCACUGAUCAUCAACAAUGGUGUCUUCCAAGCUAUUGGCGUUAUAUCUUUCGCAUUCGUUUGCCACCAUAAUAGCUUACUCAUUUAUGGAUCUCUCCAAAAGCCGACUAUGGAUCGCUUUGCCAAGGUCACUCACUAUUCAACCAGCAUUUCGAUGCUUGCCUGUCUCGCCAUGGCCCUCUCUGGUUAUCUAAACUUUGGAAGCCUCACCCAAGGCAACGUCCUCAACAACUUUCCCACAAACAACAUGCUCGUCAAUAUUGCCAGACUCUGCUUCGGUCUGAACAUGCUCACAACCCUCCCCCUCGAAGCCUUUGUCUGCCGCGAAGUAAUGAACCUCUACUACUUUUCCCACGAACCCUUUGACCCAAACCGUCACCUCAUCCUCACCACCGCCCUCGUAAUCUCCGCCAUGGGAUUAAGUCUACUCACCUGCGAUCUGGGUAUUGUAUUUGAGCUUGUUGGCGCUACUAGUGCUUGUGCUCUGGCAUAUAUUUUACCGCCAUUGUGUUACGUAAAGCUUACGCAGAGGAGGACGUGGGAGACUUAUGCGGCGUACGUUUGUAUUGCUUUUGGGUGUGUUGUCAUGGGGAUUAGUGUGUUGCUUGCUGGGGCCAAGAUGGUCAAGGGGGAAGGGGGUGCGCAGACUUGUUGA